UGCAACUAGUUCUGCCAAACAGUUAAACUAAUCAGCUACCUUAUCAGUUUCAGCACCUUAUCAGUUUCAGUUGUACCUUAUCAGUUUCAGCUACCUUAUCAGUUUCAGCUACAUUUCAGGUAGUAUUGCCAAACAGAGCCAUUUACUAUGUAUUAUCAAUGACAUCACACUCUCCCCUAUUUCUAAAAAAAAACAUAAAAAAAAGUAUAAUAAUCACUGUGCGAUAAAAAAAAAAAACAAUGAGUGGAGAUUAUGAUUUACAAUAACCAAAAUGGUAAUGAAGUUUAGUUGCUUCAAAUCAUAUCCUUAAACUGCCAUCUCUUACCAUCUACUCUAAAAAAGAAAGAAAAACUGCCAUCUGGAUUCUAAUUUCUAGCCCAUCACUUUCAAAUUUCAGCUAUCAAUUAUCAAAUUUCAUUUGCUUUCGACUUCAUCUUGGAUCUCAGAUCAAAAAUAUUUUGUCUCUCCACCCAAUCAAAGUUAGUACCAAAUGCGAAUUCCAAGAUUAGGUUUAUGUUCUUGGGUCAACAACAAGAUCGUCGAACCUCUUCUCCAAAUUCUACGGAGGGGUGCAGAACCUAAGUUAUUGGCAUUUUCAUCAGCUCUUGGGUUUACAUUUGGUAUAUUUCCAAUAUGUGGGGUCACCGUUCUUCUAUGUGGAAUGGCUAUUCCUUUGUUGGGAUCACGUUGCCAUCCUCCGAGUGUGUUGCUGGCUAAUUUUGUGGCUACUCCCGUUGAGUUGAGUUUGGUUGUACCCUUCCUACGUCUAGGUGAAACUAUAUGUGGUGGCCCCCGAUUUCCAUUAACACCUGAUGCGUUAAAGAAGGUCCUGACUGGCCAAGCUUCAAUUGAAGUUCUUCUAAGCAUUGGUCAUGCGUUGGUAGGGUGGCUGUUUGCAGCACCAUUCAUCCUGGCUCUACUAUAUGUUAUAUUCUUGCCUUGUUACAAGAUUCUUGUGCGGAAAUUCAGCUCUGCCCCGUUAAGCCCAACGAUGCCAAGCCAAGAAGAACUUAGGGUUAAGCAUGUUAUGUACAUGUGAAUCCCAAUCUUUAACAGAAUCACUGAUCUCAGCUGAACACUAUAUGCUGCUGUAUGGAGGAUGAUUGCUUCCAUUGUAGUCAAAUCGAAAGAACUAUCUAAAGCGAAGGUGAUCCAGUUCAUCCCCCUUCUCAUUUGUAAAUAUCCAAAAAACAUGGAGAGGAAAGCACAUCUACUCUCUAAUCUUGCUAUGAAAGAAGCGACAACUUAUUCUACUGAAGGUUGUAUAUUGUUUAUCUUAUUGCACAGUUGGUCUACUACUACCAUAUUUGAUGGGGCAUGUUAUCAUAUUCCACUGCCCUGAAUGAAAGUGAUGUAGCCACGUUCCUUUUUUUAUCAGGAGGUUGCAGCAUCAUACUAUUAACACAACAUCUUGCGCUGUUACUACUGUUAGUUCUGAAGUACACAGUUGUAUAUGUGUGAAAGUAUGUUGUGAGUGCUCUCUAAUCAAUCAUGUAUCAUAGUACGUCUCUUUGUAACAUUGCAUAUAAAUGUCUUAUAGUUUUAUAAAACAACCUAUUAGUAAAUAUGAUAACUUAUUACUUUA